CUGAAUGAAGGGCCCGCCCCAGUGCCCCAACCCCACCCUCGUCGUAGAAUUCUCUCCCUCUUUCAAAAGAGUGGCAGUUGAGCUCGCUGGCCCCUGCGGGGAGGCUGGUGCAGCUCCUCCCCGGGUGUUGUUUCUUGCCUGGGACCGUCUCUCGGCCUCACCUUCCCCCGGGGGCUUUCCUCUCCCGCCCCUGGGGAAGGAAAUGGCCCUAAUGGGUCCAAAAGUUACUCCCCGUCCACCCCUGAAUGAAUUCCCACAGCAGCCUCUCCUUCUCCUUGGACUUUGCUAAGAGUGAGACGGAGGGUGUACCCAGCACUGCCAUCAGAGAGAUCUCUCUGCUCAAGGAGCUCAACCACCCUAACAUUGUCAAGCUGCUGGAUGUCAUCCACACAGAAAACAAACUCUACCUGGUUUUUGAGUUUCUGCACCAGGAUCUCAAGAAAUUCAUGGAUGCCUCUGCUAUCACGGGCAUUCCCCUUCCGCUCAUCAAGAGCUAUCUGUUCCAGCUGCUCCAAGGUCUAGCUUUCUGCCAUUCUCAUCGGGUCCUGCACCGAGACCUCAAACCUCAGAAUCUGCUCAUCAACGCAGAGGGGGCCAUCAAGCUGGCAGACUUUGGACUAGCCCGAGCAUUUGGAGUCCCGGUUCGUACUUACACCCAUGAGGUGGUGACCCUGUGGUACCGAGCACCUGAAAUUCUCCUCGGCUGCAAAUAUUACUCCACAGCUGUGGACAUCUGGAGCCUGGGCUGCAUCUUUGCUGAGAUGCACCUAGUGUGUACCCAGCACCAAGCUGGGUGCUGUGGGGAACACAGAAGAAAUGGAAGACACAGUCUCUGCCCGCUGUGCUCCUAUCUAGAAGUGGCUGCAUCACAAGGAGGGGGGAUGACCGCAGUGUCUACCCCAUACCCCGUGACCCGCCGGGCCCUGUUCCCUGGAGAUUCUGAGAUUGACCAGCUCUUCCGGAUUUUUCGCACUCUGGGAACCCCAGACGAGGUGGUUUGGCCAGGAGUUACUUCUAUGCCUGAUUAUAAGCCGAGUUUCCCCAAGUGGGCGCGCCAAGAUUUUAGCAAAGUCGUGCCUCCCCUGGAUGAAGAUGGACGAAGCUUGUUAUCGCAAAUGCUGCACUACGACCCCAACAAGCGGAUUUCGGCCAAGGCAGCUCUGGCUCACCCUUUCUUCCAGGAUGUGACCAAGCCAGUCCCCCAUCUUCGACUCUGAUGUCUGAUGUCCUUCCCACACCCCCCACCCCAAGUCUCACCCUCUCCUCCAGUGGGGGCCUGAUCUGGCUUGAAUUUGGGCUGUUUGCCCACUGAUCUUGCCCGGCUGCCUUAACUCUCACCCUUCCCUCCUAGCCAGACAGCUGCAGGAUACAGGAGAUGGAGGGGAGAAAUAGGUGAAAAUGAAAGGAAACUUCAAUAUUAGAUGCACUUAAGUCAGCCUCUACCAACCCUUUCUACCUCCUCUUACUCAUUGCUGAAGAGAGCUGGUAUUAAAAACAAACAAACUAAAAACAAAGACUGACUCCCCUCCCCCCCACAUAGGAUUUGCUAUCUAUCUCCAAACACCAAAGUUAUUAUUUCCUGUGUUUGGGAUAACAGAGACCCAAGUCUUCUGCAGCCACUGUGUUUGUAAGGCCAAUUGAUAGCAGGGGGGCUAAGCUGGAACUUUCGAAACCAAGCAAAGACAAACAUAGCGAGGGUCUAAAUUGAGGAACUAGGUUAAAAACCAGCUCCACCCAGUUUAUUCUCUACUUUUAGUGUUUCAUCUCAUCUAACCGUCUGGGAGACAUAAGAGUCCGGAUGAGGCUGCAGUAGAAAUGAUUUGACUAGAGAAUCUACUUGUCCUUCCUGUAGGCAAGAGGUGUCUGGGAAGCUCUGGGACAGAGCUGUGCUUCGCUGGGGCCUUAGGAGACAGUGAAAGUGAAAUGUUUGAAUUUUUUUUUUUUUUUCUUUUAAAAGUCUUAGUUCUUCUGGACAGAGCAGGGAUUCCUGUUCCCAUGGUCCUCUGAAGGCCAUACCCUAGGAUUGGAAGUUAGGGUGUAGACGUCAUUUUGAGAGUGCUGACACUUUUUUAGGGCUGUGACUGUGUGGGGGUUAUUGGGGAAAAUAUUUCUUUAAAAGAAGGAUAAACAAUUAUAUUUAUAUUUCAGGUUAUAGUUGUUAAAUUUCAAGUGGGAGUGGGUGCAUUUGUGGCCAGGUGCACCUCUGGGUUUUGUUAUUCAAAUGUUUAAAAAAAAAAAAAAGGAAAAACAAGAGUCUUCUGUUUUUAUGAUUUUGUUUCUUCUCCCACUUUUUAUCCUUGCUACUAACAUUAUUUGUAAUUUAGUUUGUAAUUCAUUAAAAAAAGUUCCUAAU